UUAACCUUACCAAGCUAACUAUAGUGCUGCUCCACCGUAACAGUUAGAGUUCCCCUUCCGUGGUUUAUUAGAAGCAGCUCUUUUCUUUUUCUAAAGCUGAUUUGAACAGCCUAUUAAUUUGAACGCUGUUCUCAAUUCCCUACCGUCAAAUAAAUAAAAACAACUGACAAAAACGCAAAAAUUACCAUUUGCAGAUACCCUCUUUUUUGCAUUAUAUUGAAAAAAAUCAUUUCAUACCUGGGCCUGCAUAAAUCGAAAAAAAAUGUCUAAUAAAACACCACUCUUAAAUUUCCCCAAAUUACGUUGACUUAUUGCUUAUUUGCUUGCUUAAGCGACAAAUAAACAAACAAAAAAAUGAACCCCCGUACUUUAUUUAUAUUUCCGUUGAUUGUAUUUUGCUAUUGGUGGUUGAUUUUCCUCUGUUUGAUGUUCAAACCCACGUCUCUUAAAGUUUCCUGAAGUCAUUUCUUAUUUUAAAAAGAAUUUGUUGGUAUAACAUUUAAAAAGCUCCUGUUUAUGUUGUUUGUUUUCUUUUUCUUUGGAUAAUUCUUCCUUAUUUGAUUUUCAGUUCCCGGACUACUAACGCUGCUGUUUAAUUUGGCCCGUAAAUUGUCAUUGAGCAUUCUAUGCGGGUGUCUCAGGUGUUGCAGCUUCGAUGAUUUCCCAGAACGGCAAGCCACCCUUUGUCAGCCAAACGAGCACUGAGUCAAUUCUACCGCCGAGUCCUCCAGCUGACAUUCGGAAGAAAUUUCACCGAACCAUCUUCGACUUCUGCUUAAACCUCUUUCUUUUCAUUCCUAGUUUUUUUCUUUACUUCGUAAUUUUCCCGCCUUUUUAUGCGACCAGGUCUAUAUUCAAUCUUUUUGCCAUGUUUGUCAUACGAGGCGAGUUUUGCGUCCCAACUUUUUUCACGCCGACUGAAAUGUUUUUCUACAAAAUGCAACCUACCACUAAUGUCUGUACAUUAACUUUCUCCAAGAGCAUGACGAAAGCGAAACUUUGUCGCAUGCUUCGAAAACGAAUUUUUAACAACACUUACCCUCGAUUUGCGUUUUUAUUCACGCGCUUUCACCAAGUUGUUCGACACUCUUGUUACAACUAUUAUUGGUGCGAAUUUCUAGAGUUUGACGUUGAGAACCACGUCCACUUAGCCGAAGGAAUCCAUUCUGAAAACGAUUUUUCUCAAUUUAUACUUGAUAAAUAUUCAUAUCAAUUAGAUGCCAAAUUUCCUUUGUGGAAAAUUUACGUGAUCGAAAACUUCGGCGACCAGUUGGAAACGAUUGCAGUUUGUUUGGUUCACUCGGUUCUAGCCGACGGCGUGACUUUUGUAUCGAUGCUAGAAGAUUUCAUGUGCGACCCUCCCCCUAAGAAAAUGUCUUCUGAGAAGUCGUUCGCCUACCGAUCCUUCAUAAACAACGCUGUUAUUUCAAUCUUCACCGCUCCUGCAGAUAUUUUGAACAUGUGUCGAAGAAAAAAUUGCAAAAAAGAAGUAAAAAAAUUAUUCAGUCACGAUUUUGAGCCAACUGAAACUCAUGAAACAAUAGAAAAUAUUGCCACAGAGAACUAUAAUUCAGCAACUAAUGGCAACUUAAGCGCUCAAGCUUUGAAUUGUGAUGCAAAACAGUUUGACCAGGUAGUUUUUGCCGAACCAGUUCCGUUGAUUGCUGUCCAAAAACUUCGCCUUGUUUCAAAAGCGACGGUCAAUGACAUCUAUCUGUCGUGUAUUACAGGUGCUUUGAAAAACCAGUUAGGUGAAUCAAAUUUACCCGAAAUUAGGUGUUUAGUUCCCAUCAACAUCCGGAACCCUAAUUCGGACCCCACUGUGGAGCAAAACAUCACCUUUAUGAGUUCAAAACUACCCCUUCAGAAAGAGGGUAUGAUUCCUAGUCUUUGGGAAACAAAAACAUCUACGCAAGAGGCUAAAUUCAGCAGUGAAAUGUCAAUUUUUGCUGCUGUGUUACAAAUUUUCUGGUGCUUGUUACCAUUUAGCUUUAUCUCCAGUCUUUGUCAUCAUAUUUACUCCAAAAACUUCUGCCAUCUUUCGUCAUUAUCAAUGUCGCCCCUGUACUUAAGCAUAGAAGGCUCAGUUAUAAAAAGUGUGCGUUUUUUCAUGGCUCCAUUUGGGGACAUCAGUUUGGGCUUCAACCUACUGAGUUAUGCCGAUAAUCUGUAUCUUACCAUCACCACACGCAACGAUGUGCCACUCAAUUGCAAUAAGCUUUGUGCCGACAUUAAUUCUCAGAUUUAUCAACUGAGAGAUUUGGUUCAGAACAGAAAUGUUCCUCCGAAUGCUUACAAGAAAAUUCAGCAACUCAUCAAAGAGAAGAGUGAAAUAGCAGCAGAGAUGGCCCACUACCGUCGGCUAGCUGACCAUUCGGCCACUUCAAACGAGCAGGGCGGCAGUAGUGGACUCCUGGCCGGAAGUGCUACAACAGCCAUAAACCUCGAAAUAUAGCCAAGUAGCCGAGAGCGGAGAAAGAAGAAAGCUCAAAACUGAAAGUUCAAAACAGUGAAAGCUCAAAACAGUUUAACUAAUUCUUAGUUUGAAGUUAAUCAAGAGCCCAGUGUUGAUUCUGAUUUCGGCGGCACUUCAAAGCAGUUGUUUCUCGCAAGUUCCAUAUGUUGCUGGCAUUAUUUCACAAUGGUUAACUAACAGUACUCCAAGCUCCUAAGCCAAAGGGUCCUUGAAAAAAUUCUC